AGACAGCCAGCAAUUAUCUUUCAUAAGCAAAAAAGUUUGGCAGGCAAAAGAGCAAACGGAAUAAGACGAAAACGGGCCGACAGGGGGAAUUAAAUUUAAUUAAUUGCUCUUUAAAGUGAUCCCAGUCACGCCCACAAAGAAAUAAAUUACAAAUAUUAAACGCGAUAAUUUUCCGCUUAUUUCAUUAAAGCAGCCCACCAAAAAAUAAAAUUAAAAAUAAUAAAGAAAGAAAGAAAGCAGACAAAACGAGAAAACUUAAAAAAGUAACUGAAGAAGAGCGGUGGGCAGAGCAGUAGAGGUCACCGAAAAGGGGUCACCGACAUCUAAAAUCCGAAUUCAAGGACUAAAAACGCCAGGAUAAGAAGCCGCGAAACCAGGGUAGCGACCAAAGAACCAAAAAUGAAUCCGACGCCCGUGGGCAUUGGAUUCGGAUUUGGUCGCAAGCCGCCCAACAAGGCCAGAAUGCGUUCCCGCUGGCGACCCCCGGCGACAGCCCCACUGACCCUGACCCUGACCCCAGACCCCGCCGAGGGUGACAACCCUGCCGCUGACCCGCUGCAGGAAUCAGAAUCAUCCUCCUCCUCUUCCUCGCCCAUCGGCGACCGCCAUCCACAGCACCACCGAGCCACCGAGCCGAGGCUGGAGCUGGAGCACCACCACGCACCACAGCAACACCGCCAGCGCGGCCAGUUGACAACCCUGGCGCUGCUGCUAGUGGCCCUCGUGGCCCUCAGCAACCUGGAAACCCUGCUCGCUGUGCGCACCGAAGGACCACGCAACCGCCAUGGAUCACCAGGUGGCAGCUUGGGCAGCACAAGUGCGAUUGGCAGUGGCAGUGGCAGUGGCAUCAACACCGAGUGUCCGACGGACUCGUUCCGGUGCAACAACGGCAAGUGCAUCUCGCACCACUGGGUCUGCAAUUACCAGAAGGACUGUGACGACGGCGAGGAUGAGAUGCAGUCAUGCCCUCCACCGGAAUGCGAAACGCCGCAACUGAAUUGCGGGCAGUAUGUGUUCAACAAGACCUAUUGCAUCCCUCCGCAUUAUCGCUGCGAUAUGAUCGAGGAUUGUGAGGACAAAUCGGAUGAGGCGCAGUGCACUUACCGCAAGUGCCAGCACACGGACGUCUUCUGCAACGCCCCCAACGGAGCCGCCCCCGCGGAGGGCGCCCGCCUCGCAGGACCCUGUGUGCCGAAGGAGAAGCGCUGCGACGGCUACUUGGACUGCCGCACCGGGCGGGACGAGGACAACUGCAGCGGCGUGUCCUGCCGCCUCGACCAGUUCCGCUGCGCCAACGGACACAAGUGCAUCGACGCCGCCCUCAAGUGCAACCAUCGCGACGACUGUGGCGACAACUCGGACGAACAGGGAUGCAACUUUCCGCCCUGCCACCACGCCCAGUUCCGGUGCUCCAACGCGCUGUGCAUCCCGUACAACUUCCACUGUGACGGCUACCACGACUGUGCGGACAAGAGUGACGAGGCCAACUGCACGGCCAUCGCCUGUCCGGACAACAAGCACCUGUGUCCGCGCGGCGGAGCCAGCGGAACGCCCAAGUGCAUCCUGAAGUCGCAGCUGUGCGACGGCAAGCGGGACUGCGAGGACGGUAGCGACGAGGAGACCAACUGCUCGAUUGCCUCCUGUCCCGCCCUGAGCUGUGAGUUCAAGUGCGGACCCUCGCUGACCGGCGGCGUCUGCUACUGCAAGCCGGGCCAGUCGCUGGCCCCCGACAACCGCACCUGCGUGGACCUGGACGAGUGCGCCGAGUGGGGCCACUGCGACCAGCUGUGCACCAACACCCUCGGCUCGUACACCUGCCAGUGCGCGCAGGGCUACACGCUGAUCAACGACUCCAAGUGCAUUGCCCCCGACGCCAACAAUCUGCAGCUGAUCUUCGCCCACGACCGGGCCAUCAUGCGCAUGCUGCACCACGGCAGCGAGCCCAAGAUUCUGGCCAAUGCCACGGCGGCGGCGGGUGUGGCCUUCCACUAUGCGCGGAACACGCUCUUGUCGGACAUCAAGACGCGAAAGGUGCAAUCGCUGCCGCUGGAUGCGCAGAACAAGGCGGUGACGCCCUUCGAUCAGACGCUGCCCGGCACCUGGGCGCCAGUGGCGCUGGCCGUCGACUGGGUGGGCGACAAGAUCUACGUGGCCGAUCUGGUGGGCCAGAAGAUCGACGUGUUCGAGCUGAGUGGCCAGUGGCAUGCGGUGGUGCUGGGCUCGAACCUCACCUCGCCCGCCGACCUGGCCCUGGACCCCACGGCGGGCCUGAUGUUCGUGGCGGACGGUGGCCAGGUGCUGCGCGCCCACAUGGACGGCACACAUGCCAGAUCGAUUGUGUCCGAGGCCGCGUACAAGGCCAGCGGCGUCACGGUGGACAUCAUCGGCAAGCGGGUCUUCUGGUGCGACUCCCUGCUGGACUACAUCGAGUCGGUGGACUACGAGGGCGCCAACCGCGUGAUGGUGCUGCGGGGCCAGCAGGUGCCGAGUCCGUCGCGUCUGGCCCUGUUCGAGAACCGAAUCUACUGGACGGAUGCCACCAAGCAGGGCAUCAUGUCGGUGGACAAGUUCGAGGGGCCCACCUCCAUCCAGGUGACCUACAAGGCCAAGGACAUCCGGGAGCCGAAGGGCAUCAUUGCCGUGCACGCGCUCAGUCAGCCCAGGGUGUCGAAUCCCUGUGGCAACAACAACGGUGGCUGCAACCACAUGUGCAUUGUGACGGCCGUGAAGGGCGCCCCCACGGGGCUGGGCUUCCGGUGCGCCUGCUCCACGGGCUACCAGCUGGAGACGGACCUGAAGCUGUGCAAGCCGGUCAGCGAGUUCCUCAUGUACUCGCAGCAGCGGUUCAUCAAGGGCAAGGUGCUGGAGCCGGUGAUCGAGGGCUUCAGCGAUGCCAUCAUGCCGGUGGUCUCGCGGAGGGCGCGCUUCGUCGGCCUGGACUUUGAUGCGCGCGAUGAGUUCGUCUACUACUCGGACGUGCUGCAGGACGUGAUCUACCGGGUGCACCGCAACGGAACCGGCAGGGAGAUCGUCCUGGCCUCCCAGAACGAGGGCGUUGAGGGUCUGGCCGUCGACUGGGCCUCCAAGAACCUGUACUACAUCGAUUCGCGUAAGGGCACCUUGAAUGUCCUGUCCACGCGCAACGUGACGCACCGACGGACGCUGCUGAAGAACCUGAAACGUCCCAGGGCCAUUGUCGUGCAUCCCAAUCGCGGGUUCAUCUUCUUCUCCGAGUGGGAUCGUCCGGCCAAUAUCACCAGGGCCAACACGGAUGGCAGUGGUCUGUUGGUGUUCAAAAACGUGACCCUUGGCUGGCCCAAUGGUCUGUCCAUUGACUUUAAGGAGGAUCGAGUGUACUGGUGCGAUGCUUUGUUGGAUCACGUGCAGCACGCCAACUUGGAUGGCACGGACAUCAAGACAGUGAACUCCCGCUUGGUGCGACACCCCUUCUCCAUUGUGAUACACAACGACUGGAUGUACAUCACGGACUGGCGACUGGAUGCCAUUAUCCGGCUGCACAAGCUGACGGGCGAACAAGAGGAGAUGAUGGUCAGAGAGCCGCAAACCAACAGGCUCUACGGCGUCAAGGUCUACAGUCAUGAGGUCCAGAGGAUCGCAGACACGCAACCCUGCCACCGAAACAACGGUGGCUGCCAGAAGAUCUGCUUUGCCGUGCCCAUAGGAGCCCCGAAUGGAACGGCUGGUGAGGUGACCACCACCUCGUCACCUCCGUCCUUCGGUCGCCUGCAAGCGCGCUGCUCGUGUCCCUACGGCGAGCGACUGGCCGAGGACCAGUUGAGCUGCAUACCCGAUCCCAGCGCCGAGCCCCCAGUGCAACCCUGUCCGAACUCGUGGGACUUCACGUGCAACAACCAGAGGUGCAUACCCAAGUCGUGGGUGUGCGAUGGCGACGACGAUUGUCUGGACAACAGCGACGAGGAGCAGAACUGCACAAAACCCACCUGUGGCUCCAACGAGUACCAGUGUCGCUCGGGCCGCUGCAUUCCCCAGAACUUCCGCUGCGACCAGGAGAACGACUGCGGCGACAACUCGGAUGAGCAGGAGUGCGGCAACGUGACCUGCGGCACCUCGCAGUUCGCCUGCGCCAACGGGCGUUGCAUACCCAACAUGUGGAAGUGUGACAGCGAGAACGACUGCGGCGACAGCAGCGACGAGGGUGACUUCUGUGCGGAGAAGACGUGUGCCUACUUCCAGUUCACGUGUCCGCGGACGGGCCACUGCAUCCCGCAGAGCUGGGUGUGCGACGGCGACGACGACUGCUUCGACAAGCAGGACGAGAAGGACUGCCCGCCGAUCUCCUGCCUGGCGAACCAGUUCAAGUGCGCCGACCUCCGGCAGUGUGUGGAGGAGUCGUACAAGUGCGACGGCAUACCGGACUGCAACGACGGCUCCGACGAGCUGGGCUGCCCCUCGAUGGGCCCCAACCAGUGCAAUCUGGAGAAGCACUUCCGCUGCAAGUCCACCGGGUUCUGCAUCCCCAUUGCCUGGCACUGCGACGGCUCCAACGACUGCUCCGACCACUCGGACGAGCAGGACUGCGGCCAGAUCACCUGUGCCCAGAACUUCUUCAAGUGCAACAACACCAACUGUGUGUUCAAGGCCUACAUCUGCGACGGCAAGGACGACUGCGGCGACAACUCCGACGAGGGCGCGGAGCACGCCUGUGUGCCGCCGCCCUUCAAGUGUCCGCACGGCCAGUGGCAGUGUCCCGGGGUCUCCGAGCGGUGCGUGAACAUCACCUCCGUGUGCGACGACACGCCCGACUGCCCGAACGGGUCCGACGAGGGCGAAGGCUGCGACCUGGCCGAGUGCGAGCACCAGGCGGGCCAGUGCUCCAGCUUCUGCCAGAAGACGCCCAACGGAGCGCUGUGCGUGUGUCCACCGGGCUCGGAGAUUGGCGAGGAUGGCUACACCUGCAUGGACACGAACGAGUGCGAUCCCCCCGGACUGUGCUCGCAGCAGUGCACCAACACCAAGGGCUCCUACUUCUGCUCCUGCACCGACGGCUACGUGCUGGAGCCCAACAAGCACACUUGCAAGGCCGUCAACCACACGGCCGCCUUCCUGAUCAUCUCGAACCGCCACUCGAUACUCGUGGCCGACCUCAAGGAGCAGGGCCUGGAGCGGGUGCCCAUCAUAGUGGAGAACGUGGUGGCCACGGCCUCGAACAUGCACACGGGCACCAUUUUCUGGAGUGACAUGAAGCUGAAGAAGAUCUCGCGUCUGGAUCGCGGCAUGGAGCCGCAGGAGAUCAUCAACACGGGUCUGGACCUGGUCGAGGGUCUGGCCUACGACUGGAUUGCCCAGAACCUCUACUGGCUGGACAGCAAGCUGAACACGAUUGAGGUGUCCGCGGAGAAUGGUUCCAAUCGCCUGGUUUUGGUCAGGGAGAACAUCACCCAGCCGAGGGGCAUGUGCAUAGACCCCAGUCCCGGCGCCAGAUGGAUCUUCUGGACGGACUGGGGAGAGAACCCCAGGGUGGAGCGGAUCGGCAUGGACGGGACGAUGAGAAAGACGAUCAUCAACACCAAGAUCUACUGGCCCAACGGCCUGACUUUGGACAUAGCCACCAAGCGGGUCUACUUUGCCGACUCCAAGCUGGACUUCAUCGACUUCUGCUACUACAACGGAACGGGCCGACAGCAGGUCCUGGCCAGCAGCCACUAUCUGCUGCACCCGCACUCGCUGUCCCUGUUCGAGGACACGCUCUACUGGACGGACAGGCAGCUGAAUCGCGUCCUGUCGGCCAACAAGUUCCGCGGCAAGAACCAGACCGUGGUGUCCCAUCUCAUCAGCCAGCCCCUGUCCAUACACGUGCACCACGCCUCGCUGCAGCCCAUGACCCCCAAUCCCUGCGCCGGCGCCCGCUGCCAGCACCUGUGCCUGCUGAGUCCCAGUGCCCCGGAGGGCUACUCCUGCAAGUGCAAGCCCGGCUUCAAGCUCCUCAGCGAGGGUCGCUGCAUCGAGGAGGAGAACCCCUUCCUGAUGGUCGUCAAGGGCACGCAAAUAGUGGACCUGCCGCUGAACGGAGGCGACGCCCGAGCCGGAGCCCUGGCCCCGGUCAUCGGGAUUGAGAGCAGCACGGGCCUGGACUUCGAUCGCAAGGGCGAGACCCUCUACUGGGUGCAGGGCAGGGAGGACGACGACGAGAACUGCACCAUCUACACAACGCCCUACGGCGGUGGCAACAAGACCCUCUUCCUGGGCACCGAGAGCGGCAUUGUGGGUGCCCCCUACACCAUUGCCUUCGACUGGCUGGGCCGCAACCUGUACAUCGGCAACCGGGUGGCCAGCAACAUCGAGGCCGUGCGAGUGGACGGCAAGCAGAAGUACCGCACCAUUGUGCUGGCCAACGACGGCUAUGCCAACUCCGUGUCGCGACCCAAGCAGAUCGUGCUGGACCCCACCGACGGCAAGCUCUUCUGGAUCGACGAGGGUGUUCUGGAGGUGCCCAUUAAGAUCGGCAGGGUGGACAUGAACGGACAGAACCCCGUAGUGGUCUUCCAGGACUUUGCCCAUCCCGAGUCGUUGGCCGUCGACACGGAGAAGAAGAUGCUGUACUACAGUGCCAGCAAUCCGGCUGUGAUCGGUUCCAUGGACUACAACGGCGAGGACCACACGACGAUCAUCAUGAAGGACUCCCAUCCGAUGGCCAAGCCCCGCAGCCUGGGCAUCCUGGACCACAGGCUCUACUAUCUGGAUCCGCUGUACGAGCGCAUCGUGAGGGUGGAUCUGCCGCAUGGCGAUAACCCCAAGACCAUUGUGGACAACGAGUCCGACCUACGCUCCAUGAUGAUCUACAAGAAGCGCGCCCUGAUGCAGCACCCCUGCCAGACGAACAACGGCGGGUGCAAGCACCUCUGCAUUCCCGGGCCGGCUGCGACCCGGACCUGUGCCUGCGGCAUUGGCUACCGGAAGGAGAACGAGAUCAACUGCGUGGCCUACAAGACCUUCGCGGUCGUCUCCCAACUGGACAUGAUCAGGGGCUACAGUCUGAGCGACAGUUCCGAGGCCAUGGUGCCGGUGAGCGGUCCUGGUCAUCACAUACUCCACGUGGACGUCAUGUACCGGGAGCAGUGGAUCUACUGGGCCGAGUACAACCGUGGCUACUGGAACGGCAUCUUCAGGUCGCGACCCAAUGGCACCGAUCUGCAGCAUGUGGUCAAGGACGGCAUCGGUAGCAAUGGCAUCCGGGGAUUGACAAUCGAUUGGGUGGCCGGCAACAUGUACUUCACCAAUGUCUAUCCGCACGAGAACUACGUGGAGGUUUGCUGGCUGGAUGGUAGCAACAGGAAGGUGUUGGUCAAGACAACCACCGAUGCGCCACGCGAACUGGCCGUGAAUCCCAUCAAGAGGCUGCUCUACUGGAUCGACUAUGGUCAGCAUCCGAGGAUAGGAAAAGCUCUGCUGGACGGCAGCAAGUGGACGCCACUGGUUACGUCUGGGAUAUCGUUGCCCCGCGAUCUCACCAUUGACAUGCAAACCCAUGACAUCUACUGGGUGGACUCGAAACUGGACACCAUUCAGAAGAUCUCGUUCAAUGGCGCCAAUCGCAAGGUGAUCCGCAGGGAUCUGCCCAAUCCCAUGGGCAUUGCGGUCUAUCUGAACGACGUCUACUGGGUGGAUCGCAACCUGAUGACCGUCUUCAAGGCCUCCAAGCACAGUGCCAAUGAGACGGCCACCAGGGUGAGGACCAAUCUCGAGAAGCUGAGGGACAUUGCCAUAUACAACAUCAACAACCAGCCGCAGGACGACACGAAUCCGUGUGCCCAUUUGGGCAACGGCGGCUGUGACCAGUUGUGCUUCAGUUUUCCGCCCGAGGGCGGAGCCACAGGUCCUUCGGGAAGGAACUUCCGCUGCGAGUGCGCCACCGGAAAGCUGAGUGCCGAUGAACGAAAGUGCGAGGUGGUCAACGAGUACCUGGUGUUCGCCACCAGAACCGAGAUUCGGGCCGUCAAUCUGGAUCCCCAUUCCACUGAGGUGCCCUUCACACCGCUGACCAACCUCACGAACGUGGUCGGUCUGGACUUUGACUUUGCCGACAACCGGAUGCUGUACACCCAAAUCCGUCCCUGGGCCAAGAUUGCCUACACGAAGGCGAACAAGCCGGGCCACGACGACAUCACCGUGGUGCUGAACAAGGGCAUCAACCCGGAGGGCAUUGCCUACGACUGGACGCAGCAGAAGAUCUACUGGACGGAUAGCUCGAACAACUCGAUCUACGCCAUGAACCUGGACGGCGGUGAGCUGGUGAUGAUUGCCCGCGUGGAAAGACCGCGAGCCAUAGUGCUCGAUCCCUGCAAUGGCACCUUGUUCUUCACGGACUGGGGCAGGUUCGGCACCUCCGGCAAGAUUUUCCGCACCACGAUGGCGGGUUCGCUGAAGCGGGCCAUUGUCGACAAGGAUCUGUCGCAGCCAAGUGGCCUGGCCAUCGAUUACGAUGAGAGGCGUUUGUACUGGACGGACGCGGUGCGGGAGAAGAUCGAGAGGUCCGAUCUGGAUGGUCAGAACAGAGAGCUCCUGGUGGCAGCCACCAUCUAUCCGUUUGCCAUCACCGUGUUCAGGAACUACAUCUACUGGACGGACCUGCAGCUGCGAGGCGUUUACAGGGCGGAGAAGCACACGGGAGCCAACAUGGUGGAGAUGGUGAAGCGACUGGAGGACUCACCGCGAGACAUACGCAUCUACAGCUCCGAUCGGCAGAAGUGCAAUGUGAACCCCUGCAGGAUCAACAACGGGGGCUGUGCCCAGAGCUGUCACCCUGCGCCGAACGGCAAGGCCGAGUGCAAGUGCGACGACAACACCAAGGUGGUCAACGAGGGCAGGAUGUGUGCGCCCAGGAACAACACGUGCGAGGCCAGCAAGUUCUACUGCAAGAAUGGGCGGUGCAUCUCGCGGAUGUGGUCCUGCGACGGCGACGACGACUGCGGCGACAACUCGGACGAGGACCCCAACUACUGUGCCUACCACUCCUGCUCCCCCAACGAGUUCCGCUGCAACAACGGACGCUGCAUCUUCAAGUCCUGGAAGUGCGAUCACGAGAACGACUGCAAGGACGGUUCCGACGAGCUGGGCUGCACCUAUCCGCCCUGUGUGGACGGCGAGUUCACCUGCGGCAACGGACGCUGCAUUCCCCAGGCUCAGGUCUGCAAUGGUGUGAACGACUGCAAGGACAAUGCCACGUCGGACGAAACGCACGAGAGGUGUCCCAUGAACACCACCUGCCCGGCCAACCACCUGAAGUGCGAGAAGACCAACAUCUGUGUGGAGCCCUACUGGCUGUGCGACGGCGACAACGACUGCGGUGACAACUCCGACGAGGAUCCGCUGCACUGCGGCCAGCGAACGUGUCCGACCAACAGCUUCCGCUGCCCCAACCACCGAUGCAUUCCGGCCACCUGGUACUGCGACGGCGAUGACGACUGUGGUGACGGGGCCGACGAGCCACCAGACUACUGCAAGUCGGAGGGACGCACCUGCUUCGGCGAUCUGUUCACCUGCGACAAUGGCAACUGCAUUCCGAGGAUCUACAUCUGCGACGGCGACAACGACUGUCUGGACAACAGUGACGAGGACAACCGACAUCAGUGCAAUGACCGAAAAUGUGAUGAGGAAACGGAAUUCACUUGUGUGGAGAACAAAUCUUGGCAACGGGCGCAGUGCAUCCCCAAGAAAUGGAUCUGCGAUGGAGAUCCGGACUGCGUAGAUGGAGCCGAUGAGAAUACCACCCUGCACAACUGUGCCACCCAACAGCCUUGCGGCGAGGAUAUGUUCACCUGUGGCAACGGACGCUGUAUCAACAAGGGCUGGAUCUGCGACCAUGACAACGACUGCGGCGAUGGCACCGACGAGGGCAAGUUCUGCAACUCCAAGUACAAGACCUGCUCGACGCAGGAGUUCACGUGUCAGAACUUCAAGUGCAUCCGGAAUCAGUCCAGGUGCGAUGGCGAGGACGACUGCGGCGAUCACUCCGAUGAGGUGGGCUGUGCCAAGGAGAACAACACCUGUCCGCAGGGUCAGUUCGCCUGUUCGAAUGGCCAGUGCAUCGACUACAGUCUGGUGUGCAACAAGUAUCCGGAUUGUGCCGACGAGUCCGAUGAGCCUGCCCACUGCAACGUGGACGAGUGUGCCAAGGUGGAGAUCAAUCAGUGCGGUCACAAGUGUGUGGACACACUGACAGGAUACUAUUGCGACUGCAACGAGGGCUACAAACUUCUGGCCGAUGGCAAAGCGUGUGCGGAUGUGGAUGAGUGCCUGGAGCAGCCUGGGGCGUGUUCCCAACACUGCUCCAAUACGCCGGGUGGAUUCUACUGCAAGUGCGAUGAGACCUACUACGAGAGGCAGAACGACGAGCAUACGUGCAAGCGAAAGGACAAAAUCCCACCGUGGCUGAUCUUCACCAACAAGUACUAUGUGCGCAACAUGUCGGUGGAUGGUCACCAGUACAACCUGAUGCACCAGGAUCUGAUGAACGUGGUGGCCCUGGACUUUGACAUUCGCGAGGAGUACAUGUACUUCUGCGACGUCACGGCCAAGACCAUUUUCAGGGCCAAGUACGGAGAGGCGGAUGACGAGAUGCCGCCGGAAAGAGAGGCUGUCAUCAGGCACGAUUCGCACGGCCUGGAGGGCAUUGCCAUCGAUUGGGUGGGCCGCAAGCUCUACUGGCUGGACAGGCACUCGAAGAACUUGGACGUGUCCGAAUUGGACGGAACCAAGCGCAAGACGCUGAGGAGUGGUGUGGUGGAUCCGCGUGCCAUCGUCGUACAUCCUGGCAUCGGCUAUCUAUACUUCACCUCCUGGCAUCUGCAAGCCUACAUUGCCAAGAUGGGCAUGGAUGGUUCGAACUUCUCGAGGAUCCUCAACUGGAAUGAUGGCAUCGCCUGGCCAAAUGCCCUGUCCAUUGACUACUUCACGGAUCGCAUUUACUGGGCCGAUGCUCACUUGGACUACAUAGCCUAUGCCGAUUUGGAGGGCAGACAUCGUCACACUGUGCUCUCCGGCAGUAAGGUGCCACAUGUGUUCGCGCUCAGCCUCUUCGACGACUACAUCUACUGGAGUGACUGGAAUCUGAAGGCGAUAGUGCGAGCCAAUAAGUUCCAUGGUGCCAACUAUACGGUGCUGAGAAAUACCACCCAUCGACCCUAUGACUUGCACAUCAAUCAUCCGCUGAGACAGUUGCCCUACACCAAUCCCUGUGGCACGAACAACGGCGGUUGCUCGCAUCUCUGCCUGAUAGCUCCGCCACCGGAAUCCACCUAUCUGAACAUCGAGGGAUACAUAGAGGAGGGAGCUCCGAUCUUCAAGUGCGCCUGUCCCAAUCAGUUCUAUUUGGCCAGGGACAUGAAGACUUGCAUUGCCAACUGUACGGCCGGACAGCAUUUGUGUGGCGGACGGGAUGAGAAGUGCAUCCCGUGGUUCUGGAAGUGCGAUGGCGAAAAGGACUGCAAGGAUGGCUCCGAUGAACCGGCCACCUGUGCCCCGCGACACUGCAGGGCUGGCACGUUCCAGUGCAAGAACACCAACUGCACACCUUCGGCGACAAUCUGCGACGGAGUGGAUGACUGUGGCGAUCGCAGCGACGAGCAGAAUUGCGAUCUGCCCUGUCCGCUAUCCGAUUUCAAGUGCAAGUCCAGCGGCAGGUGCAUCCUGGACAGCUGGCGCUGCGAUGGAGAUGCCGACUGCAAGGAUGGCAGCGAUGAGGAUCCCGCCGUGUGCUUCAAGCGCACCUGUGAUCCCAAAACGGAGUUCGCCUGUAAAAAUGGUCGCUGCAUUCCGCAACUGUGGAUGUGCGAUUUCGACAACGAUUGUGGCGACGAUUCCGACGAGCCGGCGUACAUGUGCCGCCAGAGGAACUGCACCACCGGCUGGCAGAGAUGUCCUGGUCAGUCCAACUACCGCUGCAUACCCAAGUGGCUGUUCUGCGACGGCAAGGAUGAUUGUAGGGACAACAGUGACGAGCUGCCGGAGAACUGUCCCAAGUGCAACCCCGACACGGACUUCAAAUGCGGCAACAACCGAUGCAUACCCAAGCAAUGGAUGUGCGAUUUCGCGGACGAUUGUGGCGAUGCCAGCGACGAAAACGAGGCGGUCUGCAAGGGUCGCUACAGAGACUGCUCCGAAUCGGAGUUCCGCUGCGGGAAUGGCAAGUGCAUCUCCUCGCGCUGGCAAUGCGACCACGAGGACGACUGCGGCGACAACUCGGACGAGAUGCACUGCGAGGGGUAUCAGUGCAAGAACGGCACUUUCCAGUGCGCCUCGGGUCACUGCAUCGCCUCCUACUUCCGGUGCGAUGGCGACCGCGAUUGCCGCGACAUGUCCGACGAGGUGGGCUGUCCGCCCAGAUUCCCGGGCGGACGCUAUUGCCCGGAGUCGCGGUUCCAGUGCAACAACAACCUGUGCGUCUCGCUGUCCGACUUGUGCGACGGCACCGACGACUGCGGCGACGGCAGCGACGAGGAUCCCAGUGUCUGCAGCGACUUCAACUGCGACACCCUGCGCCGCUUCCAGUGCUCCAACCACCGCUGCGUGGCCCGCUACCAAAUCUGCGACGGAGUGGACAACUGCGGCGACGGCAGCGACGAGAACAACAUGACGCUGUGCGCCAGCAAGCAGAAGCCCUGCGACCUGUACACCCAGUACCAGUGCGCCAACAAGCACUGCAUAGAGCGGGCCCAGGUGUGUGACUUCUCGGACGACUGCGGGGACGCCAGCGAUGAGCUGGGCUGCCACCACACCAGCAGCUGCUCCGAGCAGAACCGCGGCGGGUGCCAGCACCACUGUCACAACCUCACCGACGGCGGCUACAUCUGCACCUGCUAUCCGGGGUACAUCAUAGCCGCGGACAACAAGAAGAGGUGCUCGGACGUGGACGAGUGCCUGACCAGGCAGCACACGUGCUCGCAUCAGUGCCACAACCUGAACGGCACCUACUCCUGCAGCUGUCGCGAGGGCUUCCAGUUGACGGACGGGGCCAGUGGCGUGUGCCGGGCCGAAAAGGAGGAUGUCAUCUUGGUCUUUGCCAAUGGCCAGGAGAUCCGGGGACUGGACCUGCAGAAGCGCGAGGAGUUCGAUGUGAUAGCCGAGGAGAAGCGGAUCGAGGCCCUGGACUACGAUGCCCAGCAGCAAAUCAUCUUCUGGGCGGACAGCUACGACAAGACCAUUAAGCGGUCGUACAUGGUGAACGCCAUCGAUGGCCGGGCCAAGAUUGGCUUUGCCCAGGACCUGAACAUGAAGGGUGGCUCCAAGCCCACGGCCGUGGCCGUCGACUGGCUGGCCUCGAAUCUCUACUGGACGGAGAUGGACCGGACGGGCUCCAAGCCGAGGGGUCGUGUGAUGGUGGCCAAGACCGAUGGUCGCUAUCGGCGGGCCAUUGUGAACGCGGGACUGGAGGUGCCCACCUCCAUAGCCGUGAAUCCCCAGCUGGGCAGGAUCUACUGGUCGGAUGCGGGAUCGGCGCCCAAGAUCGAGGUGUCCUGGAUGGACGGCUCCAAGCGCAGGCCGCUGAUCACCGAGCAGAUCCGCCAUCCGGCCGGGCUGACCAUCGACUACUCGCAGGAUCACAUCAUUUACUGGGUGGACACCAAGCUGAAUGCCAUCGAAUCGAUGCGGGCCGACGGCUCCCGGCGCAAGGCCAUUGUCAAGGGUGACCAGCUGAGGCAUCCCGUCUCGCUGGAUCUCUUCGAGUCGAACAUGUUCUGGAUGACCAGGGACACGGGCGAGCUGGUGCGCCAGGACAAGUUCGGGCGUGGAGUGCAGGUGGUGCUGCAUCGCAACCUCGUCAAUCCGUCCGGCCUGAAGGUGUACCACGACAAGCGGUACAACACCUCGCUGCCCAAUCCGUGCGGCAACUCCACCUGCUCCCACCUGUGCCUCCUGGUGCCCGGCGGCCAUCGGUGCGCCUGCCCCGACGCCUCUGGUCCGCCGCCCUCGCACCGCAGCACCGCCGAGGUCAUCUGCAAUGCCGCUGCGGAGCAUCCGCGUCCGGCUCCGCGGAUCUGCCCGUGCCAGAACGGCGGCCUCUGCAAGGAGGACGCCCAGGGCGAGCUGAUCUGCGACUGCCUGGCCGAGUUCCGCGGCGAGCACUGCGAGACGAGCACCACGGGCGCCUUCGGGCAUGGCGGCGCCAAUGUCACCGCCGUCGUGGUGCCCAUCAUGGUCAUCCUGCUGGUGAUGAUGGCCGCCGCCGGGGCCUGGUACGUCAUCCGCAAGCGACCGUUCGGCAAACUGGCUCGCAUGCCGGCGAUGACCUCGUCGCAGAGCGUGACCUUCCGCCACGGGUCGAAUGUGGAGUUCAGCGAGAGCGGAUUCCCCGGAGCAUCUGCGCCGGGAGCUGGCGAUGUGGCGCCCAUCGAGGGCUACAACCUGCAGACGGUGAACGCGAACAAGGCGCGCGACUUUGCCAAUCCGAUGUACGAUGCGGUGCAAUCGGGCACCACCGCCGAUCCGGGCAUGGGCAACGGUUCGGGCAUCUACGAUGUGCCGGGCGAACCGUCGGCCAAGGGCAAGGCCAUGGGCCACCAUGCGGGCGGAUCCUUCACGGAGCCCGCCUCGGCGAUCAUCGCGCCCAGCAGCAUCACGCACAAGGCGUCGCCGCAGCUGCAGCUGCGCACCAGGGAGCUGGACCCCUCGGCGGACACCGGCAAGGACACGCAGUUCCUGGUGGAGGAGGACAAGUCCGAGUGCUGAUAUCAAGCCCGUCAAUCGGCUGCCGUUGCGAUGGCGGCCGUUGCGAUGGCCAGUUGCCGCCAGCAGCGUCGUCAGCAGCAGCAGCAUCAGUCGGAUAAUAGCUAUCCACUGCAGACAUAACACAAGCUGGUCAAGCAGCGGAAGGAGCAACAACAGCAGCAGCAACAGCAACAUCAGCAGCAGGGACAGGGACGCUCUAGUAGUAAACAUCACAAAUCCUGGCAGGUAGCCACCGCUGGCAAGGUCACCACCAAGGUCUAGCCUUGCCCCCAAAAGAAAACACACAUACACACCACCCACGGAGAGGGAGAGGAGCAAUACGAGAAGAGGCGGAGGCAGCGGUGGGGGACGGCAACAAACAUAUCCAAAAAAGAAACGUGCAUACGUGCAACCCCCACAAGAGAAAACCAACUAAAAACAAAAAAAAACUGUUGCAAUUAUUAUUAAAUAAAACGUAAAAAUUAAUCUAUAAAUGUACACGAAAACACUAAGAGCCACACACACAGCAAUUUUUGUAAAGCCAACUUUUUGUAGCCUACCAUAAUUGUUUUUUUUUUUUUUUGUAUUUGUGUGAAACUAAUGUUUUUUUUGCUAAUCAACAUACUUUUGCGCAAAAAGAGAAUUGUAAAAAGCAAGCAAAAACGAUAAACGAUACAAAAUUAUGGCAAAAGGUAUAUUUUUUUGAAAGCUAAAUGACAAUAUUAACUAUAUGUAUGUAUGUAUAUAUAUAUAUAUAUACAUAUAUAUAUAUAUAUAUAUAUAUAUAUAUAUAUGUAUAUAUGUAUAUGUAGCCAAAUCGGAAAACAAAAUAUCUAUAUGUAUACACAAGGCAACUAAGGGACAAUUCCCAGCUAGGAUUUCUAUAUAUUUUCUAAAAAAAAGAACAACAAAAAAAGCGAGCUAAAAAAUAUACAACAAAAUAUAUACUAUAUGUGUAAAACUAAAUGUAACAAAGCGAAAGAGAACACUUUUGUGCUAAAACCAGGAUACAAAAACAAAAACAAAAAAAAAAGCAAGCAAGCAUUCCCCACACAUAUAUCUAUUUAUAAUAAUUAAUUUAAUUAUUUAUUCGAACACACACAGAGAGACAGGAGCCAGGAAAGUGCUAAUAAUCCAGAAGAAUAGGGGCUUUUCGAGAUUCAAAAUUCGCAAUACAUUCCAAAAAUGAAAAUUUGCAAAAACCCCCUCGCCACGCCCUCCCCGCCCACACUGUGCAGCAAAGAAAAGCGAAGCUUUUCCUUUCUCCCUUUUUUUGUUUGGCUCUCGCGCAAGCCAAUAUGCUUUUCUAUUUUUUUUUUCGGUUUGUGUGUGUGUAGUUGAAACUUGUCGCGCGUGUUUUUUUACACAACAAUAUAUAAAUAUUUUAUUUUUUAAUUAUAUCAUCGAUUUAUGAAUUGUAUUAUGAUUUAUGAUUUAUCUUUCUCGUCGAAAGUCGUAGUAAUGUGUGCGCAUUUUUUUUUCAUUUUCGUUCUUUGUGCAAAAUCUGUGCUUCCCUUCAUUUAAGCGUGUUUUAGCAUAAAUUUUAGUGAAAGAUGAAAGAAACUAAAGCUGUAUACGCCAAUCGGGCCAUAUACAACGCUAUAUGUGAAGUUAAUUGUAUAUUUAAUGUCAAGCUACAUAAUGGAUAACGAAAAACCAGAACAUAAUAAGAGUAAAACUACAAAUGAAAUGAAAAACUAUUUGUUGAAAGAAUAAACCUUUUUUUUAUUAUUAUACAUACGGGGGGAAAAUUGUAAGAUGAAGAAACCUAAAACAUUCAAUAAAGAAAAAUAAUAAAAAAUGUAAAA